AUGGCGUCCAUGCUCGAGGCCCUCCAUCCUUACCCCCAGGACCGACUCCAUCUGCGUCUUCACCGCGCACGAUCAGUCGUGCUGACGAGUCAAGAGCUGGUGGAAAUCCGCGCUGCCCAACGAACCUUUGAGGGUGCCUAUAUGCGCACGGCUCUAUCACAGUUCUCCUUUGCGCUAGUCAUCCUCAAGAUUUUCACCUCGGAGUUCUACCCCAUAGGAGCCUUAUUCGCUUGUUAUGGUACGGCUAUUAUGCUAGUCGCCAUCUACCGGCGGUACGAAGGCAACCGUCAGUUCUUUGAUUCGGUCGAGAGCGAAGACGAAAGUAGUAGCGGCGAAGAAAACGAUCCAGCAACCCCAACAGGCCUUACCGUACGGGGGCGAAGAAGGACCCUCGUUGUCAAGAAGAAAUUCCGGACCAGCGGUAACAGCGUGGCGUUGCUCGUUUUGUUGAGCUUCAUGUGCUACGUUGCGUUGAUGGUGUUGUUGUGGAAGCUCACAGGUUGA